AUGAGCAGUCAGGGCAGCAGCAGCAGCAGCAGCAGCAGCAGCAGCAAGGGAAGUGGCCAGCAUGCUGACACUCCUCCCCCUCGUCACGCCCCCGGACCCAAGCUGCAGGUGCAGCGCUCCCUCUCUCGCGACACCAUCACCAUCCACUUCUCUGCACUGGGGAAGGAGGAAGACGAUGAGGAAGAGGAGCUUUAUGGGUUACCUGUUGGAGAUAAAUCAGUGCUGGAUGGUGCAGAUGGACUUCAAGGUGUAGAAGCUUCAGGGGCAGACGACCAGUCUGUCGCCACGGGCUUGGAGGCAAAAGAGGAGCUGCUGUUUGAAUCGGCAGGAGUGGAGGCGCUCUCUGGAGCUGCUGUGCUCCCUAUUUCAUCCACCACUCUGCCCGUGCAACCCUCAGACCCUCACCCAUACACACCGUCUGCAGCCAUGACUAUUAUCCCCACCUCCGCCCACUCCCACCUGAGCUCCAGCCCACCUGCCAGCUCCUCCUGGCCCUCUGACCGACCCACAGCUAAUCCUCCAUCCACAAGCUCCACCUCAUCCUCCCCUUGUAAGUCUGCAGCGCUGUCGUCCUCCAAGCCUUUUCUCAGCCUGGUCAGGUCUCUGUCCAAUGACGUUGAAUCUCGAGAAUCCACACCCGCCCCCACCACUGUUGCACCAUCUCAUGCACGCCACCGACACUUAAUGAAAUCUUUUGUUAAGUCUCUGUCCACAGACACCUCAAAGGCCGAACAUCAGGAAGGGCCUCUUCAUCAUUAUCUUCAUCAGCAGCAGCAGCAAACACAGCCAUCCCAUCGGCCUCCGCCUCGCAACAUGCAGCUCUUCAAGCAGUUUUCCCAGCCUCGUUUAUCCUCCAGCCCCGUCAUUGUCACUCAAGCAGGCGGAGACUCCAAAACAGCCCCUUCCUCCCCCAUCAUGUCCCCAGAUGGUAGGUCUUUCUUCAAGGUGCAAGAAGUGGAGGCCAAGAUAGAAGACACCAGGCGGCGGCUGUCGGAGGUGAUGUCAGAUCCCCUGCAGCUUUUUAGUAAGAUCAUGGGAGAUGAGUCCGGCGCGGGAGCGUGUGGAAGCGCCGCUCAUCGCGCCAAAUCGCUGUCCUCCAGUGCGUCAGAGCUCAGCGGAGUGGCGGCGGUAAACGGACAUGCAGAAGGUAACAACAACUACAGCAUCAAAGAGGAGGAAGGGCCAGAAGGGGAUGAAGAAGAAGAAACACCCACGGGCAAAGGCCCAGACUCUGUUUUUUUCUCCUUCCCAUCAAUGGCUCCGGCUCCAGCCUUCGCCCAGGCCUCCUCAUCCACUUUCCACAAGUCUCCAUCUCUAACUCUGGGCCGAUGCUCCAUGUCAGCCCUGGUAGCUCGACAGGAAGACGAGGACUUCUGUGAGCUGUACAGUGAAGACUUUGAUUUAUGUACUGACACAGAGACACCGGAUGGGGAUCGUCCCGGGUCCCGGCAGCCCCAUACUGGUAGCACUGGUGUGUGUAGUGAACUCGAUACGGAGGAAGAGGAGAAAGCGGAGGAGGAGGUGGACACUGUGCCUGUGACUGCCCUCGUCUUCUUAACACAGUUGGUGUACUGGUACUUAGUCCUUCCAGUGCCGCCCAGUGUGUGUGCAGUGGCGCAUGGGAUAGCAGCUGGGUUCAUGUUGGCCUUGCUGGUCCUCUGGCUGUCCUCUUCUCGACGCUCCUCAUCAGGCACGAGAAGAGGGAGGGGAAGGAUAGGGGCCUGGAAUGUGGCCCAAUUGGAUAUAAAAGAACCAGGAAUAUUCAAGGGCUGGAUGAAUGAGAUCCACAGCUACGACCCAGAGAUGUACCACGCCACCUUGACCCACUCUGUUUACGUCCGGCUGGAGGGCUCCGUCCUGCGACUGUCCAAGCCCAACCGGAACAUCUCCCGCCGGGCCGCACACAACGAGCCUAAACCCGACGUCACCUACAUCAGCCAGAAGAUUUAUGACCUGACUGACAGCAAGAUCUACCUGAUGCCCCAGAGCUUGGCUAGGAAGAGAGUUUGGAAUAAAAAAUACCCUAUUUGCAUUGAGUUGGCCAAGCAGGAGGAUUUCAUGUCCAAGGCCCAGGGAGAGAGGCCCGAAGCUACGGAGGACAAAUUAACAGGGCAGGGUGAAAAGCUAGAACGAAUGGACAAAGGUGAGAAAGCUGAAGGAUCCGCAUCGACAGAGGAACCCAAAAGACCAGCCUCUGGAGGAGGGGAUCUGACAAUCUACCUGUUUGGGAGGACGGGUCGGGAAAAGGAGGAGUGGUUCCGGAGAUUACUUCUAGCUUCCCGAAUGAAGUCAGAAGGGAGAGGUGGCAGCCUGUCUGGCAUCUGCAAGAGUGCCUUCCUGCCCUCGCACAGCCGCAGUAGCAGCACCCAAUCUGGUGGAGGCCUGGAGGCUGACAGCAGGAGCAGCAGCCGGGGAAGCAUGGAGGAGCUCUCGCAGUCUCGUCACAGAGAUGCCUCCUCUUCUGUCUCCUGUGGGUCUACUGCAGGCAUGAAGCAGAAGAUGCUGUUGGACUAUAACGUCUACAUGGCCAAAUAUGUCAACCCCCAAGUACAGCCGAGAAGCCCAACUGCCACUGACAGCCCUGGGAACAGUCCUGAGAGCAGCCCCAAAACUACCAAAAAGUUACGCAGAAGUUCGGAGGAGACCAUGGAGCCUGAGGCCUGGGUCAAUGCUUUUCUGGGGAGAAUAUUCUGGGACUUCCUGGGAGAGAAGUACUGGGCCAAUGUAGUCUCCAAAAAGAUCCAAAUGAAGCUCAGUAAAAUCAGGCUGCCAUAUGUAAUGAAUGAGCUGACUUUGACAGAGCUAGACAUGGGCUUUUCCAUCCCUAAGAUCCUCCAUGCCUCCAAACCCUCUGUGGACCACCAAGGUCUGUGGUUUGACCUGGAGAUCUCCUACACAGGCUCCUUCCUCAUGACACUAGAGACCAAGAUGAACCUGGCCCGCCUGGGAAAGGAGGGCGAGGGGCUCGGGGAGCAUGGGAAAGAGUGGCCCAGGCCACGGACAUACUGUCUGGCAGACAGCGAUGAGGAGUCAUCGAGUGCGGGCUCAUCGGAUGAGGAGGAUCCCCCAGAACUCCUCAGUGACAAACCCAUUCUGCCUGGAGGCGAGGGCUAUGUGGGAGGCCACAGGCCCAGCAAGAUCAUGCGCUUUGUGGACAAGAUAGCCAAGUCGAAGUACUUCCAGAAAGCCACAGAGACGGAGUUCAUCAAGAAGAAGAUGGAGGAGGUGUCCAACACACCCCUGCUCCUCACCGUGGAGGUGCAAGAGUGCCGCGGGACACUCGCUGUCAACAUCCCACCCCCCCCCACGGACAGGAUCUGGUAUGGUUUCCGGAGUCCGCCUCACCUGGAGCUGAAAGCGCGGCCUAAACUCGGUGAGAGGGAGGUCACUCUAGGUCACGUGACUGAGUGGAUUGAGAAGAAACUGGACCAGGAGUUCCAGAAAAUAUUUGUGAUGCCAAACAUGGAUGACAUAUGGCUACCCAUAAUGCACUCUGCCAUGGACACGCGUUCAAAUGCCAACUUGGUUACUGUGACAAAUGAUGCCUUGAAGGACCCAGAACCUGAAGACUCUGAGGUCUCCGACAUGUGAAGACUGCUGGUCAAAGCGUAACGCUGAUGGACGUCUUAUCACCGUGGCAAUAUGACAAUUCCCCGCCCAACUCUGAAACCGCGGGUGCAGCAAUGGGCCAGGCCAACUCUCCAAUAUUUUUAUCCAUAUCCCAGUCCCAUUGUCGCACCCGUCACCCGUGGCCAUUCAUGAAGCGCACUCACAAAACAGGAAGCGCUGGCGAGCUCAUUAUCUUCUGUGGCCACAAAAAGCAGGAGAAUGAGAGAGUUGUGACUCGUAGAUUGUCAUCCAAUCACACAGUUUUAUUCGUGUGACAUCAAAUAUUACAAUUCAUUCUCUGACGAAAUACAACACACGGGGCAUGUCGAGACUGUUUUAACAAAUGUGUGUGGUGGUGGAUCGACAAAUAGCCAUCUGAUUCAACCAGAAGAACCAUAAUACCUGUGAUGUACAGCUGCACCAAACAUGAUAGUUGUACAGUGUAAACUUUUUGUGCAACCUUUCUAAUCAAGCGGUUUAUCCUGGCUCUAACUCUAGGAGCACUUUGAGGCCACUGAGUGAGGGAAUUAUCCUAAAAUUUGGAGAUGACUUUGCUGAAAUCCCCCGCGUCUAUUGAUAUACAUUUCACAGGGAUAUCAAGACUCAUCAAUUACCCAUCCACACUGCUGCCUGUGCCAGCCGCCUGGCACUUAUAUGCAAACAGAUCAAUGGCGCUGUGUCCAUCGAUGAUAUUAAGGUCAGUUUAAAUCCAGUAUGGACACUAUAGUAACGUACGGCCUGUGUGCUUUUUACUGUGUGGUAGGGAUUAGAGCUAAAACUGACUUUAGUGGGGAGUGUUAAAAUAUAUCAGCAAACACAGCAGCUAAACAUUGCCUAGGUCUGAUGAAUGUAUAAGUAUAAAUAGGAAUGCAGCUCCAUAGCUCAUUCGAGGAAUAGCUCAUUCACUGAUGACGUGCUUCUGCGCAACAAGCUUCAAGACUUCUUUUCAUGUUACAUUCAGAGUUGAGCAAAAGUAAUAACUUUCUGUUUUUCUUGCCAAAGCAAUCUUUGUCGUUUCCUGUCUAAAGGGAACUGUGUGAGGUGAACAGUGACAAAUAAGCAAUUGGAUAAUUAACCUGUGUUCCUACUGAGGCCACUCCAGUGAUGUACAGUUGAAGUUUGGGUAACUGUAGCUGGAAAUUCAGAGAAAUAAUCUGAGGGGAGUGAUUUUCUUUUCUUUUUUCUUUGAGGGGGCUGCAGGAGACUGAAACCCUUUCAUUGACAGGGUAAUACAAUAACUUACUAUUUUAUUUGAAUAAAUAACAUACUGGAUAUUAGCCAUAUUAUUUAAUGUUUUCAGCAGACAUCUAGCUAAUGAAUGCUUGUUUAUUUUGUUGAAUUAUUUAUUGGUUUGCUUUUCUUCCUGUACUGUACACCUUAAAAAGGAAUAACACCAACAAAUUAGAACAACAAAUUUGUAAUCUGCCAAGACAUCCGGCUGCUUUACAGGUGACUUUUACUUUACAUGUUUUACGUUAAAAUAUGUGUUGGCAAAGUGUACGAGGCAGAAAGUGCCUUUAAAAUAAACAUUCCUCCAUUGUGAGCCACCACAUUCGUUGCAUCAGUUGAGGAUAAAGAGAUAAAAGUCUUUGUGCCAUUACUUGUGUCUGUUAAGACAUGACCUUUGUUUUCACAGGUUUCGGUGUUGUUCAUUUUCACAGUGAUGAAAAUAUCAAACAUUGCUGUUGUGUUCAGUGAUGUCACAGAAUGUUAUGGUUCUGAUCGUUGUGGAUCAAUAAAACCUUUUGCUUGGACAGAAUUGCUGCAUCUUUGUGGCUGUGACAGAAAGGCAUCCAUAUGUGUAUACCACACCAAUUCCAUUAGUUUUAUUAACUUUUUGGGCUGUAACAAGAAUUUCCAUUAUCAAUUAAUCUUGCAAUUAUCCAAUUAUUAAAUUAAAGGCCAAAGAAUCUCAAUUUUACAAUAAUAUUUAAAAAAAAAAAAAAAAGUCACUCACUUUUUGGAGUUUGGGAUUUUUGCUCAUCGUAAAAUAGCCGGUUCA